UUUUUUUUCUUCCACGCCUCAGAUAAAGUCUUAAAUAUGAAAUGACAUCAGUGCGCAAUUAAAUGAGCAUGACGGUCAGCACCGAGGCUGUCUGCAGCAGCAGCAGCAGCAGCAGCAUGCAGCGGGGCAUGGGCAGGGUUGCCAGCACUUGAGUGUGGGAGGAGUAUGGGUGUGUUGGAGAGUAUCUAGCCUUUUCUCUCUCCUCCCGCUCUGCCGUGAGCGCAGACUGAAGACAAAGAGCAGAGAGAAGUCCACCUCUCCAUGUGAUGUGCAGCCGGUCGGUGAGGGUGCAACAGUAAUCUCAGAUACUGUCCUAGCAUUUUUUUUUUUAAAUUAACGCUGCAUGGACAGUUAACCAAGUGCGCCUCUGCCUUUAGCUUCUGUCCACUCACUCAGCCACCCCCCCACACUCCCCACUCAUCCUCCUCCCUCCUCCCUCCUCUCCAGUUUCAACAUUUGUGAAGUGGCUGCCUCACCCGGUCGGACCGGAGACCGUCUGGUCUCUGAUCUGGUCUCUGGAGUCACCGGAGACUCGACGCGCUCCGUCAGGGCCAGGCUGUGCGGCUCCCGGAUCAGACCCGAGCCAUCCCGAGAUCUGGCCAUGGAGAUGAUGGAGGGAGACGUUAUGGACAAGCUAGAGGACAUGUCGUCGGUGUACGACUUCGAUCCGAUCACCGGCAACAUCCCGGCCACCAAAGUAGAAAUCACCGUCUCCUGCAGAAAUCUACUGGAUAAAGACACGUUUUCCAAGUCAGAUCCAUUAUGUGUGCUCUACACGCAAGGUGUUGAAACCAAACAGUGGAGAGAGUUUGGCAGAACGGAGGUGAUAGACAACACCUUAAACCCCGACUUUGUUCGAAAGUACAUUUUGGAUUACUUUUUUGAGGAGAAGCAGAACCUUCGCUUCGACUUGUACGAUGUCGACUCUAAAAGCCCAGACCUGUCCAAACAUGACUUUUUGGGUCAAACGUUCUGUACUCUUGGUGAGAUUGUUGGAUCACCAGCCAGUCGACUGGAGAAACCACUGGGUGGGAUCCCAGGGAAGAAAUGUGGCACUAUCAUCUUGUCUGCAGAGGAGCUGAGCAAUUGUCGAGACAGUGCCACUAUGCAGUUCUGUGCCAACAAGCUGGAUAAGAAGGACUUCUUUGGCAAGUCUGACCCUUUCAUGGUCUUCUACAGAAGCAACGAGGACGGCACGUUUACUAUCUGUCAUAAAACAGAGGUAGUGAAGAACACAUUAAAUCCAGUGUGGCAGCCUUUCACUAUUCCAGUACGGGCGCUCUGCAAUGGAGACUACGACAGAACAAUCAAGGUGGAAGUGUAUGAUUGGGAUAGGGAUGGCAGCCAUGACUUCAUUGGGGACUUUACGACCAGCUACAGAGAACUAGCUCGAGGGCAGAGCCAGUUCAAUGUGUACGAGGUGAUUAAUACCAAGAAGAAAAUGAAGAAAAAAAAAUAUGUCAAUUCAGGAACAGUGACCCUGCUCUCGUUCUCGGUGGAGUCAGAGUUUACAUUCUUAGAUUACAUCAAAGGAGGGACGCAGAUCAAUUUCACUGUGGCCAUCGAUUUCACAGCAUCUAAUGGUAACCCCUCCCAGUCCACUUCUCUGCACUACAUGAACCCCUACCAGCUGAACGCCUACGCCAUGGCACUGAAGGCUGUCGGCGAGAUCAUUCAGGACUACGACAGUGACAAGAUGUUCCCUGCUCUGGGCUUUGGAGCCAAACUGCCCCCUGAUGGACGGGUGUCACAUGAAUUUCCACUGAAUGGAAACAUGGAAAAUCCGUACUGCAAUGGUAUUGAGGGUAUCUUGGAGGCAUACCACCAGAGUCUGAGGACAGUGCAGCUCUACGGGCCAACUAACUUUGCUCCUGUGGUGAACCAUGUUGCCAGGUAUGCCGCUGCAGUGCAGGAUGGUUCUCAGUACUUUGUGCUCCUCAUCAUCACAGACGGCGUCAUUUCUGACAUGGCCCAGACCAAAGAGGCCAUUGUAAAUGGUGCCAAGCUUCCUAUGUCCAUCAUCAUAGUUGGAGUGGGUCAGGCAGAGUUUGACGCAAUGGUGGAGCUGGAUGGCGAUGAUAUCAGGAUCUCAUCUCGGGGCAAACUGGCAGAGAGAGAUAUUGUUCAGUUUGUUCCCUUCAGAGAUUACAUGGACCGAACAGGCAACCAUGUGUUAAGCAUGGCUCGGCUUGCUAAAGACGUGCUGGCAGAGAUCCCUGACCAGUUCAUCUCUUAUAUGAAGAGCCGGGGGAUCAAACCCAACCCGGCGCCACCUCCCUACACACCUCCUGGACACACGCACCAUCACACUCAGAUCUGAAGCCCUCCUCCUGGCUUUUCACUGAGGACUAACAGCAUGAAGCAGUCCAGUCAGAGUCCAGUAGGAACUCUCUGCGUCCUUUCUGGUGCAAACAGAAGCUGAUGCACCAGAAAAUGGGUGUUAAAUUUUGUGCUGUAUCCUCUAAGUGACAAUUGGAGCAGCAUUUGUUUGGUUUUUAUUUUUGGUUUUCUGUGAUUUAUUUAUCUGGCCAGUUUCUCUUAAAGAGAGGCUGCAAACUUUCCAGGACUCGUUGGUGAAAGCCUUUUAAAAUCGACACUUGGGCAGUGACUGUUUCACGUCUGAUUUGACAGCAGGUUGGUUUAAAAAGGUCAUGUUGUGGUUAAAACUUGUGCCUGUCUGUGGUUGUUUCUCUAAGUGUAUCAGGACACGUCAACUUUGACCUAAGCCUUGCUCGUCAGUCAUUGGUGUGGCCUAUUACAGUGGUAUUUUUUAGAUACCUUUUCCCUUCUGGAAUCAGUUUUUAUAUUUGGGGAUUAUCUCUAUCUGCUGAUGUAUUAAGUUAUGAUGGAGGAUCACAGUUUAUUACAUUGAACAUUAAUCAGGACUUUCAUACCACAAGGUGUAAUAUCUUCUCUUCUUUAUUAUCUAAAUGUUUAUGAGCAUGUUGAAUGAAUUUCUUGAAUGUUAUUCAGAGUGGCAUGGGCAUAUGAUAGAUCUGUCAGAAACCUGUCAGUUAUUUUUAAGUGAUUGUGUAUGAAAAGCACAAGAGAACCUGUCUCUAUACCAAGAACAUGAUUAUGAUAUUUAUACAAGGUAAGUCAUAUUUAGUCAUUUGGAGUGCUGCCAUUCAUUGUUUCUGAUCUGUAUGCAGCUUAUAAGUGCAAGUCAAGUGUCUUUGUAGUGCAGCCCCAAGUCUACACAAUGACCCAGGCUUCCUGUCCUGCAGAAAGGAUAAAUUCCCUUCACAAAGGAUGAUGUUGCAUAAGGAGCAUAUUAACCAUUGUAUGAUAACAUCUGUUUCUUUUCAUUUUUAUAAUCCACAAAUACAUUAUAUACAAGACAGACUAUGAAACAGGACAAAGACACAAAGGACACAACAGAAAACAAAAACAUGUCAGAAGUAGCUGGAGUACCAACCUGGCAAAGCAAUGCCCCAAAUUACUUUGUGGUAAAUUGAUUAAUUGCCACUUUUCAUACCUUCCCCAUUUAAGUUGGUACAUACAGUAAUAUGUUAAUAAAAUGAAUGCAUACUUCAUGAAAAUAUUACUCACUGUCACAGAGAAAACAUGGGGGUAAGGUAACGCUCCUCUGCAGGGCCACUUGUUAAUUUAUAUUAUCCAAACACACCAGCUCUGCAGAGCACCGACCAUGUCAGUACAAAUCCGUAAGCCUCCAGCAGCUACAUAACCUCCACCGUCACAGACUGUGAGUCAGUAGGAUUGCAGCCACAGUGUUUAUCCCUUGAGAUUUACAUUUUAUACAGCCCAGUCCUCAUUGCAGUGUAUUACAAGUCUCUAGGGGAAGACACAAGUAGUCUCCAUAGUUUUAGAAUUUAUGUUAAUUCAGUACAUAAGUAAAUCUUUCAAACACAUUAACAAUCUGAAUAUGCUUCCACAGGGUAAAGAGGGAUCCUUUCGUGCUAAUUUUGGUCCCUCCUACCAUGUGCGACAUCAGUUUAGUGUGAAGAAUCAAACAAAAACAAACUGGCUUCUACAUAGCAAAUCUAAUUUUACCGCAUCAGUAAGCUCAUAAUGCGAGAUGCAAUUUUGCACAGUGAUGCAACAAUGAUCCCUGACAGACUUAUGAUGUGUCGUCUUACAAAUGCAUGAUCCAUGUAGGGAUGUUUCGAUCAGGAAGCACACGGGGUACAUAAGUAGGAGUAAAACAGCCACACGGAGAGGAGAGGAGAGUUAAUGCUCAAAGUGCAGGAACAACGUUAAUAAUUGUGAUGUUUUCAUCAUGUUUUGUUUUGUUUCUCUUUAUAAUGACAGAGUACACUCGCUACAUAAUUAGCCUUUUGACUUUAGACUUUGUACUGAAAGGAACAGGACACACAAGACAUCCAGGCACAUUGUGCAUAAAACAGAUUUCAGUGGGAUGCAGAUCCUCCAUUUACUUUAACUUUACUUUAAGUUAGUUUACUGAAUUUCUUUAGUUCAGACAUCAUUUUCCACAGAGGCUGUGUCCUAAUGACUGUGGGGAUUGUGGCAUGUUCAGCUCAAAGUAAAUCAUUGUGGAGCCUCACAGAGCUGAUUGGUAUGGCUGUAUCAUAAACAUGUAGUGCUUCUGAAUGUUACUUUUCUGUCCUUGUCACCAUCACUAUAGUCAUUGUUCUUCUCAUACUAUAAUUAUUGCAGUUUCACUUGGUUUUACUAUACCAUGACCUUCACACCUCACUGCAGUAGAGAAUAAUGAAACACAUAAACAAUGCUACAGUGAGUAUAAUAGACUGUAAAAGUUGUCCUCUCCAUUUAAACUAACAAAGCAGUGCAGAAGCUGAAUUAAUCCAUGCCGAAAAGGUUCAAUUGAAAUGUCUAAUGUAGCAAAUUAAAGGCCUUAAUAAUGUGAAAUACAGCCACUCCAUCUCAUUUAGUCCUGUAUUGGAAAGCUGUUUGGGUAUAUAAUUGUGGCUCUUAGCUGGAAGAGAGAAAACGAGUUAAUAGUAGUUAAAAUGGUGAACAACAAUUUGUUUGAAAAUCUUUGUGUUUUGUAAGAGAGGAAACCAUUAGCAAUGAAAUGAUAAGAGUUAUGUAAUAGCUGGUUUGCAUGUAGAUCUCAACUGCACUUCAUCCUAGGAGAAGAGUGCUUAUUGUUUGAUAUGUUUUUGGAAAUACUACGGUUUUGAAGCUAUUUAUUUAUUUAUUUUUUAUUUUUGGAGUUUGUAUGACAAGCCAUCAGUCUCCUCUUACAGCCCUGAUUUUAUUGGUAUGAUGGAUCGACUGCAUGUUUUCUUGGGGUACAUUGAGUGUUUAACCUGCACCAUCUGUAAAAUAGGAACCAGCCCAACCAGAUUACAUGCAUGUCUGUGCCAAACAUGGCAGUAAGCUCUGUGGACUGUUUACUAUUUCUUCUCUCUUGUGCCUGGUUCUCCAAACAUUUAUGUCUCACCAGUGGGUAAAACUGUAGCUAAUUAGCAUGUUACAGUUAAGACUUUUUUAUUUUUGUUUUAUUUUUGUUUUGUUUUGUUUUUUUUUUUUGUCAAAUUCCACAAUUUCUCUUUGUUGUUUAUAUUUUUUUUUUUGCAUGGCUCCCUACUUUCCUUUGAAUGAGUUUUUAUUGUAUAUGAUUAUGGUCAUAGAUGGGUUGUGAAAUGCUUUGUAUUGGAUUGCCUUAACUGAAAAUUAUUAAAAAAUGACUACUUUUAUAAAUGUUCUUUGAGUGUCAUGCUUUGAUCUCAGUGAUCAGUGUUUUAAUUUGUUACUCAGAAGACACAAUGAUUCAGUUAAUGUUCAAAAUUUUGUCAAGCUGCUGGUUGCUGAUGAGUGGCAAAGGGCUGCCAACUGUGCGAGGGAACCUCACGUUAGUUA